UAAAUGAUUCGAGCUGCAAAGAAAGCAGCAAAAAUACAAUCAAACAAGUUCGGCUUCUCGUAAACAUCUUCAGCGGAAUGCGAUCUGCCUAUUGUUUGCCCAAUUUCAUGUGAAAACCAACUGCUGAACAAUAACAAAAUGGGCGAUCGUGACAAAACUAUGUACGGCUCCACGCUUUCGUUGGAAUCGAUAAAGGUAAUUGCGGAAAGCAUCGGCGUCGGAAGCCUGCCGGAUGACGCGGCCAAGGAGCUGGCGGACGAUGUGUCGUAUAAGCUGAAGCAGAUUGUACAAGACGCGGUCAAGUUUAUGCACCACUCGAAGCGCAUGAAAUUGUCCAUUGCCGACGUGGACCACUCGCUGAAGGUGCGUAACAUCGAGCCACAGUACGGGUUUGUGGCGCGGGAUUUCAUUCCCUUCCGAUUUGCCUCGGGCGGUGGGCGCGAACUGCAUUUCAUAGAGGAAAAAGAAGUCGACCUGACGGAAAUGGUGCAGGGCCAGACGCCCAAGAUCCCGCUCGAGCCAUCGUUACGUGCCCAUUGGUUGGCGGUGGAGGGCGUACAGCCCACUGUACCCGAAAAUCCACCACCCCUUUCGAAGGAUGUGCAGGCGCUGGAUUCGGUCAAUCCGGCCCACAAGCUGGACAAAACCAAUCAGAAGGAUACCACCGGCAAGCCAACCAUUAACAAGCACAAGCUCAAGAACUCGGAAACUGUGCAGGUGAAGCAGCUGGCGCAGCACGAACUUUCCGUGGAGCAGCAGCUGUACUACAAGGAGAUAACCGAGGCAUGUGUCGGUUCCGAUGAGGCGCGUCGUGCGGAAGCUCUGACGUCGCUGUCCAGCGAUCCAGGUCUGCACGAAAUGCUACCGCGAAUGUGCACGUUCAUCGCGGAAGGAGUCAAAGUGAACGUGGUGCAAAACAACCUUGCGCUGCUGAUCUAUCUCAUGCGAAUGGUACGCGCGCUGCUGGAUAAUCCGGCACUGUAUCUGGAAAAAUAUCUACACGAGCUCAUUCCCUGUGUGUCAACGUGCAUCGUUUCGCGGCAGCUCUGCAUGCGCCCCGAGCUGGACAAUCACUGGGCGUUGCGCGACUUUGCCGCCCGGCUGAUGGCACAGAUUUGUAAAACCUUCAACACCUCCACGAACAAUCUGCAAACGCGUGUGACGCGGCUCUUCAGUGCGGCACUGCAAAACGAUAAAACGCCACUGUCGUCCAUGUACGGCGCGCUGCAGGGUCUGUCCGAGCUGGGCACGGAGGUGACGAAGGUGUUCAUCAUACCACGUCUCAAGUUCAUCUCCGAGCGCGUGGAACCAUUGCUGCAGGGCAUCACUAGCAACAUUAGCAAUACGGAUAAAAUUGCUGCCGGACACAUACGAGCGAUACUGCAGAAGGGCGUCCCGCCGAUACUGAAAACUUUGCGAAAUCCACCCGAUCUGGUGGAAGAGUACAAGCGGGAUUACGGCUGCUUGGGGCAAACGUUGCACCAGGCAGUGGUGAAGGCACGGUCGGCAUCGCCCUCGUCCGGUGCUGGUGGGGCGGGUGGCUCAUCGGCCUCUAGUACUACGCCAUCGACCGCCACAUCCAUUACGGUUAGCACGAGCAACAAUAGCAGCAACACGGUAGUCCUGACGGCAACACCCUCCAGGCCCCAAACACCGCAAGCUAUUUCGGCGGCCAAAACGAUUGCCGCUACAGCCUCGAUACAGCGCCCCGGAACGGCAGCGGGUGGUGGCGUGGCCGUACUAAACACCGGCAGUCAGGCGUCCCAACCACCCCAGCAAAAGUUUGUGAUAGUGCCCCAGCGUGCUCAAACGCCGUCCCCAUCUCAAGACGAUUUUGUAGGUCCCAUCAUACAGCGCCAGGGCAGCGUAUCGGGUGGUGCAGCGGCCGCUACAACCACCGUGCAAAUUCAGCCCAACAUGAUUAAGCUGGAACCGGUGACUGGCAGCGGCAGCAUGGCACCGAUGACGUCAUCAACGAACACGAGCGCACCACCAAGCAGCGGUACGGCAAUCGGCCAGAAGGUGGUUAUCAUAAACCAAACCCAGACCGGACCGGCUGCUAACAUAAUCGCCAAACCGACGGUUUUCCUUUCCUCGGGCUCGUCCGGAGGUAACAAUGGGCACGAAGAGAUUCACGAAGAUAUCAUCCAGGUUCCGCCCGAACUGGAUGACCUCUCGCAUUUGGAAUGAGAUGUUUGCUGGGUAAAGUGAUGAAGCAACAGCUGUAUGUAUUAUAGUGUGGUAACUGCAGUCCGUUCAGUUCAAUUUUCGGGUCCGAACUCCGAAAACUUGUCAUGCGAUGAAAUAAAACGUGUACAUCGGUACAUAAAUUGCACUAAAA